AUGAGUAAUUCAGGAGAUAAAAAUGAAUAUGAAGAAAUACUUAGAGAAAGAAAAAGGAUGUCAAGAAAUGAAGAGACAUUAGUAUAUAAUGGAUUACUUUAUCUUCUAGUUAAAAUGGGAUUUGAUGCACAAGUAAAAAAAACAAAAAAGACUAUUCAUACAAUUAAAAUGUUAAUUGUUGAAGAAAUAAAAUAUAGACCAACUGGAAAAGUAUUAAAUCAAGCAGAAAUUGCAUAUUUUUCACAAUUUUUAUUAUCAGAUUUAGGUUAUAUUCCAUUAAAAGAAAAUUCUAUGACUUUAAAACAAUUAAAAAGGUCAAGAGAAGCUCAAUUAAAUAAUGCACUUUUAUACAUUCUUUCUUCUAUUGGAUUUACUUUCGAUGAAAAGAAAAGUAAAAAAUCUAAAUGUACUGAACGUCUUAUUAGAAUAUUAAGAUUAGAAUAUAAAGGAUUUGUUUUUAGUAAACAACUUCUUUGUAAAUUAGGUGAAUCUAUUGAACAAACUGAAAGAGAACAACUUGUUGGGUCUAUUGUUACUAUUACUAAAGAAUCUUUGAAUGAUUUUGAUAUUAAAAUACCUUCUUGUUCUUUUGAUUCAAUUUUAAAUAAAGCAAUUUCAGUUCAAUAUACUCCUAAAAUUAAAAAACAAAUUAAGGCUAUUAAAGAUGUUAAUGAACAACUCAUUAUUAAUGUUUCUGAUAAAAAAGAAAUGUCAAUUAAAUCAGAAUCAAUUGAAACAGUAAAUGACAAUUCUCUUAAUCAAGAAAGAAUUAUUUCUACUCCAAAUAAUACUUAUCUUUGUCAUUUUCAACCUGUUGUUCUUCCACCACAAUUGAUAAUGAAAUAUUAUUCUCAAAUACAACAAAUAUCUUUUAAUAUUUCUGAUAUCAAUCAAAGUAAUAACAUCAAUUAUAAUCCAAGUUCAUUUAUUUAUUAUAAUGAACCAUAUUAUUAUCCUCAACCAGAAUAUAUAGACUUAGGAUUUGUUCAAGGGUCUUAUUGUUGA